CUCAAUACUAUAGAUCUCAUUCUAUAAAUAUAGAUAUGUGACAUUUUCAUCAUUUGCUUUCCCCUUUCCACAGGACAAAACCCAUUAGCCCCUCAUUAUUCCUUAUAAUAUUAUUCCGCAUUCUUCACUCUUUCAAAUUCUCUCUUCACUCUCUACUUCAUGGCGAAUAAUACUAAUACUAAUAAUAAUAAUAAUAAUAAUAAUAAUAAGCCACAAGAAGAAGCUUUAAAAUACCAGACAUGGGUCUUGAAAGUCUCAAUUCACUGUGAAGGCUGUAAGAGAAAAGUCAAGAAAGUUCUUCAAAGCAUCGAAGGGGUUUAUACAACGACCAUUGAUUCUCAACAGCACAAAGUUACAGUCACCGGAAACGUCGAUGCCGAAACCCUUCUAAAAAAGCUAUUGAGAUCAGGAAAACUCGCCGAGCUUUGGCCUGAAAAUAAGCCUUCCGAGAAGAAAAAGUCCGGAAAAUCAAAGAAGCAAAAAGCUGCAGAUAAUACUACUACUCCCGAUCAAGAACCUGCCAACGACGACGGAGAUGAUCAGGCCGUUAAAAAUGACGGCGGUAGUGCUAACGACAACGUAGAUGGAAAAGAAGCCAAUAAUGAAGAUGACGGCGAUAACGACGAAGCCGAUGGAGAUAACGGCGAAGGCGGUGGCGGAAGUAACGACGGUGCCAAAAAGAAGAAAAAGAAGAAGAAGAAGAAAGGUGGGCAAAACGGGAAUAAUUCGUGUAACAAUGCCGGCGGCGAUAAUCCCGGCGAGUUUUUUCCUCCGGGGGACAUAGGUCCGACGAACGUGAUGACGUCAGCAAAUCAUCAUGGGCAACCAAUUCAGCACGUGUUUCCUUACCCGCCAACUUUUAGUUACAAUAACCAACAAACUCCGGUUAUGUACGGAUUAAGUUACAAUACAAGUUACCCAACCCAUAACGCUUCUUAUUUUGCUCCCUCAUUAAUGCAUGGUGAUUAUUUGUUCUCUCAUCAUUCAGAGAUGUAUUCUUUACCGUCCGAUCAAACGUAUAGCGACGGUGAUGAUGAUGAUGAUGAUGACGGGACUGGAUGCUCCAUUAUGUGAUCUGAUCUUAGCUAGCUAAAAAGAGAUCAUCAUGAUAGAUAAUAAUGGCCACGUGGAAUGAAGGGUACCAUAUACGUAGAAUAUCUAUUCAUAUACUAUAAUGAUGAUUAUCAUAAGUACUGUACUAUUUAUAUGGGGAUGAAUUUUGUACUAUUUAUACAUUAAUUAGCCAAAUUUAUUAAUUAAUUAUAUAUAUAGUGUGUGUGUGUGUAAGAAUAGGGGCGAAAUAAGGUUUGUGUUGUAACUUGUAUUUAAAAAUUAAGAGGGAGCUUUAUUAAUAUUAAUGGGGUACUUAUGCUU